AUGUCUCCGGCACCACUCUCCGAGACUAUUGUCCUCAUCACGGGUGCAAAUCAAGGCCUCGGAUAUGAAUGCGUGAAGAAGCUUGCUCUAGAGCAGCCCAACUACCGAAUUAUUAUCGGCUCSCGKGAUUUAUCUAAAGGACAAGCCGCAGCUUCUAGUGUGACGAAGGUGGCCAAAAAUACGAGCAUUGAAGCUGUGCAACUAGACGUUACAUCUGACGAGUCAAUCAACGCCGCUGUCAGCUAUGUCGAAAAUAAGUACGAACGACUGGACGUUCUUUUUAAUAAUGCUGGAAUCAUGUUUGUGAACGAAUCUUCUCCACGUGUUGAGUUUCGCACAAUAUUAGAAACGAACACCAUUGGUGCGGCGUGUGUCACGGAGGCGUUCGUUCCCCUUCUGAGCAAAGCUGCUUGUCCGCGACUUCUUUUUAUGUCUUCCGGAAUGGGAUCAAUGACUCUGACAACGCUACCGUGUUCACCUUUCUACGGUUAUGAUUUCAAAGCCUAUUCUACUUCUAAGGCGGGAGUGAACAUGAUCGGCCUAAUGUAUGCUAAGCAGCUGAGAAAGUCUGGCUUCAAAGUGAACCUGGUUGAUCCAGGAUUCCGACAGACAAACCUCAAUGGAUUCCACAGCGAAGGUGGGGAUCCAGCUGCUGGAGCCACGGAAGCGUGCCGCCUGAUUGCCGACGCGUCUGUAGACGGACAACACGGAAGCUUUUCGGCCACCGAGGGACUUGUCCCAUGGUGA